AUCAAGUAAUAAACAUGCAGGGAACGCGGUUAGAUCAUUUUGGAUUACUGGUUUGUGGGCUGGUUAUACUGGCACAUCCUAGCUGGUCAUGUGAAACCACGACUUCGACGACAGUCACAAAGGACUGGUGGGAAAAUGCCCAGUUUUAUCAGAUAUACCCGCGAUCCUUCAUGGACUCCGACGGCGAUGGAAUCGGAGAUUUGAAUGGUAUCACCAGUAAAUUGGAGUACCUGAAGGAUCUGGGAGUUACGGCAGCCUGGCUAUCGCCCAUUUUCACUUCGCCCAUGGUGGACUUUGGCUACGAUAUAUCCGACUUUUUUGACAUUCAGCCGGAAUACGGAACACUCGAUGAUUUCAGGGCUCUCAUCAAGAGGGCAAACGAAUUGGACCUAAAGAUCAUUCUGGAUUUCGUACCCAAUCACUCAAGUGAUGAGAACUCUUGGUUUGUAAAAUCUGUAAAUCGAGAGAAGGGCUACGAGGACUACUACGUUUGGCAUGACGGGAGGGUGAAUGCCACUACUGGCGGGAGGGAACCCCCUUCCAAUUGGCUGCAAGCUUUCCGAGGAAGUGCGUGGGAGUGGAACGAGAAACGUCAACAGUACUACCUACAUCAGUUCGCAGUGCAGCAGGCUGAUCUUAACUACCGAAAUCCCCUGGUCGUGGAGCAGAUGAAGCGAGUGCUUCGCUACUGGUUGGACCUUGGCGUUGCUGGCUUCCGCUGCGAUGCCGUACCAGUGCUCUUUGAGAUCGAGCCGGAUGCAGAUGGUCAGUAUGCCGAUGAAGAGCUUAGCGGUCUGACGGACGACGUCGACGACCGCAAGUACCUGAAGAGCGAUCUCAUCGAGAACCGGCCGGAGACCAUUGACAUGGCGUACCAGUGGCGCGUGGUGAUGGAUGACUACCAGCGCAUCCACGGAGGCGAAACGAGGGUUCUUCUCAUCGAGACAUAUGCUCCGCCCGCCUACACAAUGCAGUUUUACGGAAAUCGCUCAACGGCCGGGGCACAUCUGCCCUUUAACUUCAAUCUGAUUACGGUUCUGGCAAGCGAUGGUGUCUCUGCCGGAUCCAUCAAAACGGCAGUUGACAACUGGCUGGACAACCUGCCCGCCGGACGCACCGCCAACUGGGUUAUAGGAAACCACGACCAGCGACGGGCGGCUAGUCGAUAUGGAACCGCCAAUGCAGAUGCCAUGAACAUGUUGGUCAUGGUCCUUCCCGGAGCUAGUGUCACCUACCAGGGCGAAGAGCUGGGUAUGACCGAUGGCGAGAUAAGCUGGGAAGACACCCAAGACCCAGCUGCCUGCAACUCGAAUUCGGACAUCUACGAGCAGUUCACACGUGAUCCCUCGCGAACUCCCUUCCAGUGGACGAAUGGCACCAACGCCGGGUUCUCCACUGCAUCCAAGACAUGGUUGCCACUGGCAGCAGACUACCAAACGCUGAAUGUGGAAACGGAGGCCGCGGCUCAGCGCUCUCAUCUGAAAAUCUAUAAGGCGCUGGUGGAACUGAGGAAAUCGUCGCUUCCGCUGCAGAACGGAUCCACUAAAUAUGGAGUUGUUGGGGAGAAUGUGUUUGUGGUGAAGCGUUACAUCUCCGGCUCUGCAUCCAUAAUUUAUGUGGCCAACUUUGCCAGCAAGGGUGUCACUGUGGAUUUAUACGAAUUCGACAAGACGCUGCCCACCCACUUGACGCUCCUUAUCCGCAGCCUGCAGUCCUCGAAGGCGGAGGGCUCUCAGUUCGAGGUGACCGGAUUGAGUCUGGCUGCCGGCGAGGCCUUGGUAUUGAGCAGCAGCAGUUCUUCCCGGUUCGAUUAAAUGGCGAUUCCCACCAGGCGCACUUGAAUCACACUAAGUCAGGCCACUCAAUCGGUAUUUAUCUUCGGCUAAAAGCAAAUAUGCCGUGGCUUGCAUAAAUAAAUAUAUAAGCGAAAAACCAGACAAACAACCCACUCCACCCCAGAAACACAGCACAUAUCCUGAAAUCUACCCCACCACCACUCGGAGAUAAGCUCAAGUGCCCGGCAUACUCUUUUAAUUCCCACUCGGCGGCGGGCUCCGCAUUUAAAGUAUUUACACACAAAUUAAAGUCAAGCAAAAGUCCCGGCCUCGCCAAGUAUUUGCUGUUCUACAAUGUGUGUGCCUAAGAGCCUAAGAAUGUGUGUUACACACAAUGUAAAUACGGACGGCGACCAGGGACUAGGCCUAAAAUUGUGGAUGUUGGCCUGGGACCAGGCCCCCAUCAUCUCGGAGCACUUUGAAGUCGGGACCGUCACAAGGGGCCUCAUAAGUUCACCCAAAUAGGUGGGGAGGUUUUCAUAGCUAGAUUUAUUACCAAUCUCGGAAAUUCGUGAAACAGCCCUGCAGUAUUUACUCUUGUAUUCGCGUACGAAGGAGAGGGCAGGCGAAGGCAGAACUUCAAUUGCGUUAUAAAUAAUUAAAUUGCGUUUACGCAUGGUAAUUGGCAGACGCCUUGCGAUGCCCGAGCAUCAAGUAUACGCACCAUACUCUUUGAAACUUAUUCCGCUAAGCAUACAUACUUUGGCGAAAAACUUGAGUUGGCUAAGAAGUUGGGUAGAAUGCCUUUCGGACCGCUUGAUCCGUCCCAAAUACCAACUCGGUAAUCACGACUUGUUCGAGAAGAAUGACGAGAUUGAAAUACGAAGUAAAUGCAUUAAGCGGUUUCCUCGAAAUCCUUACAAAUUAUUGCGUCCCUUUGGG